ACAGCUUGUCGUUGACCAACUUUUCAAGAUUAAGGGGUUACCACUGGCAAUCGACUCAAGAUCCGUACAUGGCAUGAAAGCUUCGUAAUCGUCAGAAGUAGAUAAAUGGUGAGAUAUUUCCACUGACGUCUGUAUACAGAUACCUCCGGAAAACAAGAAACAAAUCAUGUCCAAGCCCAACAUCGCCGUCAUAGGAGCCGGUGUGAUAGGCCUCAGCGUCGCCGUACGCCUCCAAGCAGAAGGCCACCAUGUAACCAUCAUAGCAAAGGACUUCCCUUCCCCCUUCGAGACCGUCGACUCCCGCGCAGCCAUCAACUACGCCUCGCAAUGGGCCGGCGCCCACAACCGCUUCUGGCCUCCCCGCGACGACAACGACACCCUAGCCGUCCGGGACCACGCCAUGUCCCUGACCACCUUCGACCGCAUGGACGACAUCGCCCGCCGCCACCCGGAAGCGGGCAUCACCUUCAUGAAAGGGGUCGAGUACCUCGAGGACCCGGCCCCGGAGUACCGCAACCUGAGCACCGACCGCGCCGCCCAGCUCGGCUAUCGCGAUUUUCGGCUCUACCGACCGGACGAGCUCCCGGACGACCGCGUCAAGCUGGGCUUCGAGUACCGCACCUGGUGUGUCAACCCCAUGGUCUACUGUUCGUAUCUCCUCCGUCGCUUUGUCCGCUCCGGGGGGAAGGCCGUACGGCGGGAACUGCUCCAUGAGCGCGAGGUCUUCACUAUCCCUGAGCUAGUGGAGCCUGCCCGCGUCGUCUUGAACUGUUCCGGCUGUGGCUUUGGUGACCCCAACUCGUUCAUUACUCGAGGACAAACCUGCGUCGUGGCCAACGAAUGCUCGGAGACGGUAACACGCCAAAAAGCCGACGGCUCAUGGACCUUCGUUAUUCCCCGCAACUUUGACGGAGGCACCAUCAUCGGCGGCACCAAGGAGCCCGACAACUGGGAGUCUGAGCCGUCACCCGCUGUCCGCACCAGACUCCUGGACGCCUUCGCCGCUACAUACCCGCCCAUUCUAAGGGCCGGCGGUGGCAAAAUGCACGUGCUGAGGGAUAUCGUGGGCAGACGACCGACCCGGAAAGGCGGGAUGAGGUUAGAGAAGGAGGAUCUCGGUGACGGACGGCUCAUCAUACACGCCUACGGUCUUGGCGGUAGAGGAUACGAACUCUCCUGGGGAGUGGCUGAGGCUGUAGUCGAUUUGUUGAGUUCUGGGCGUGCCAGGCUGUGAGAGCUCAUUAAAAGCCGUCUCUUUUUGGUAGUUUCACCGCGUAAUACGCAUUUAAGAUGGCAUUGCAUGAAUAUAAUGACUUUCCAAAGGACA